GGGGCCGGGCCGCGCUGCUCCGCGGCUUUCCCCGCCGCCGCCGAUACCGCCGCUGUCCUCCGAGCAGCGCGGGUCUGAAGCACCCGGCGCCUGGCGAUGGGAAGCGGCGCAGCCGCGGACCCAGGCAGUGACAAAGUUUCCCAGACGUGCGCUUUGGGUCACGCUGCUGCUGCCAUCCGUGACGGCUCUGCGAAGCUCUCAAGGGUUUAAAAAAAAUCCUUUAAAAAAACCCCAUUUCAUUUCCUUUGUCAGCUCUCUCCCGGUGGCCAGCGGCGACAGCUGCAAACUUGGGCACGGCGGCUCCGCAGCCCGCGGACCGGCUUUGGGGAAGCUCGAGACUCAGGUGCCCGCGCGCCCGGCGGCCCGACCUCGCCAGGGGGCGUGAGCGCGGGGGAACCCGGGGCGCGCAGCGAGGAGGGGCCCCGGGAGCUCUAUAUGGAGGAGGGGGCCCAGGAUGGUGUGCACCAGGAAGACCAAAACUUUGGUGUCCACUUGCGUGAUCCUGAGCGGCAUGACCAACAUCAUAUGCCUGCUCUACGUGGGCUGGGUCACCAACUACAUCGCCAGCGUGUAUGUGCGGGGGCAGGAACCGGCGCCGGACAAGAAGCUGGAGGAAGACAAAGGGGAUACUCUGAAGAUUAUUGAGCGGCUGGACCACCUGGAGAAUGUCAUCAAGCAGCACAUCCAAGAGGCCCCUGCCAAGCCUGAGGAGGCAGAGGCUGAGCCCUUCACAGACUCCUCACUGUUCGCACACUGGGGCCAGGAGCUCAGCCCUGAAGGCCGGCGCGUGGCCCUGAAGCAGUUCCAGUACUACGGCUACAAUGCCUACCUCAGCGACCGCCUGCCCCUCAACAGGCCCCUACCGGACCUCAGACCCAGUGGGUGCCGAAACCUGUCGUUCCCCAACAGCUUGCCGGAGGUGAGCAUUGUGUUCAUUUUUGUCAACGAGGCUCUCUCAGUGCUGCUGCGCUCCAUCCACUCCGCCAUCGAGCGCACACCCUCACACCUGCUCAAGGAGAUCAUCCUGGUGGACGACAACAGCAGCAAUGAGGAGCUGAAGGAGAAGCUGACGGAGUACGUGGACAAGGUGAACAGCCAGAAGCCAGGCUUCAUCAAGGUCGUGCGCCACAACAAGCAGGAAGGCCUCAUCCGCUCCAGGGUCAGCGGCUGGCGGGCAGCCACUGCCCCUGUGGUGGCGCUCUUUGAUGCCCAUGUGGAGUUCAAUGUGGGCUGGGCUGAACCAGUACUCACCCGAAUAAAGGAGAAUCGGAAGCGGAUCAUCUCACCAUCCUUUGAUAACAUUAAAUAUGACAACUUUGAGAUAGAAGAGUACCCACUGGCUGCCCAGGGCUUUGACUGGGAGCUGUGGUGCCGCUACUUAAAUCCUCCCAAGGCCUGGUGGAAGCUGGAGAACUCCACUGCCCCAAUCAGGAGCCCCGCCCUCAUUGGCUGCUUCAUUGUGGACCGCCAGUAUUUCCAGGAGAUCGGCCUGCUGGACGAAGGCAUGGAGGUCUAUGGAGGCGAGAAUGUCGAGCUCGGGAUCAGGGUAUGGCAGUGUGGUGGCAGCGUGGAGGUCCUGCCCUGUUCGCGGAUCGCCCACAUCGAGCGAGCCCACAAGCCCUACACUGAGGACCUCACUGCGCAUGUCCGCAGGAAUGCCCUCAGGGUGGCUGAAGUCUGGAUGGAUGAAUUUAAAAGUCAUGUCUACAUGGCCUGGAACAUACCCCAAGAGGACUCAGGAAUUGACAUCGGGGACAUCACUGCAAGAAAAGCUCUGAGGAAGCAGCUUCAAUGCAAAACCUUCCGAUGGUACCUGGUCAGCGUGUAUCCAGAGAUGAGGAUGUAUUCUGACAUCAUUGCCUACGGGGUGCUGCAGAAUUCCCUGAAGACAGAUUUGUGUCUUGACCAGGGGCCAGACACAGAGAAUGUCCCCAUCAUGUACAUCUGCCACGGCAUGACGCCCCAGAUUUCACAUGUCAUCUAUCAUGCAUGCCUUCCCUGGCCAGAACCUGGAUUUACACUGAACCUGGGUUUACACUGGACCAUCGUGAGUUACCAUCGCAGCAACAACACCAUGGAGCCAGGGAUAGAGCAGUGAAGUGGACAUCAAGGAGCUCGAGUCCUGGGCUUGAUCUUAAAACACUUUUGCAAUGCCCCCUGUACCUUCUCUUUAUUGUGUUUUACUCCUUUUGUGGGGAACAGUUUGCACAAAAGUGUGCACAUCUUAAGUGGACAGUUCAGUGAAUUCCUGUGUCACCAUGCAGAUCAAGACCAGUUCCAAUCUCUUCCACCAUUGCUUAGUUUCAUAGGGGCCUGUCUUCCUGUCUGUAUGAUGAAACUGGACAGGGCCAUCUCUAGGCCCAGCUCUGUGAGCUCUGGCCAUCUACUUAUCUCCAGUUCCUUUGUUUUCAAAUCCAGCUGACCUAGGAAGCUGUGAGUUUGUACUGUGCUUGCCAGGAAUGUCAGGAGCUGCCUUUGUAAGUCAGCUUCUUGAUGUGGAGGUGCAGCGAAUCUCAGGUUUGGGUCCCUUCCCCACCCCUUGAAGCUACAGAACACCACGUGGCUGCACUAUACAGGAAACACUGGAGCCACUCAGUUGCUUUCUCCCAACGGGGCCAGGCUGAGAUGCACAGCUAUCAGUACCAAGCUCAGGUCACACACUUUUCCCAGAGCAGGAAGGUUUGGGGACUUGGCCGUGGCAGGAGUCAGUUGAGGCUGGGCUGCCCAGGGACCUAGGAGAGCCAGAGAGGACUGGGUUUUCUUGGAGAUGGAGGGCAGAGAUUGAGUGAUGGCUGAGGAGCAGGACUUCUGGCUGGUAAGGCUUCCCAAAGGCACCUUCAUCCCUCAAGAACUUCAGAGAGUCAUGGAGAGGAUGAGAAAAGGAGGGACUCGGGAUGUAUUGCCUGAGGGUGAAGUCAGCGCACAUCUCAGGAGGAGACUGGAUAGAUGCAGGUCCCACGGGUACUCGGAGUCUCCCAGGUUUGGUCUAAAUCAAAUGUUAAACGUGCAUUUCCAAGAGUGUUCCCCACUCCUACUGGCCGUUCUCAGCAAAAUCUUUCACAGGUCAAGGACAGUCCAGGGAAGGUCACAUAUGCACAGAUGUGACUUAAAAUGUCAUUGUGCAGGUUGUGCACUGCAUGGCUCCAGGAGAGGGAUAUAGCACCUCACAUUGUCAUCUGGGGAAUACACAACAACCCUAGGUGACAGUCUUUCUGGCCCCUAUCAUAUGUUCCUUGCUGAGCAUCACACUGGGUAGGAUGCCUAGAAAUAUCAAAAAGCAAAUAAUAAGACAACGUAUGAUGUUAUGGUUUGAAUCAAAAAAGUCCCCCAAAAGGCUUAUGUGUUCAGAGGUGGGGUUUGGGGAAGGUUAUUGGAUCAUGGGGUGCUGUACUCAUCAGUGGAUUGUUUCAUUGAUGACUCCAUGGUUGAAGGUGCUGUUAGGAGGUGGGGCCUGGUUGGAGGAAGUGGGCCACUGCAGUGUGACCUGGAAGAAUAUAUUCUGUUCCUAUCUCUCUGGCUUUUUCCUUUCUGCUUGUCUUCCUGGCUGGUAUGUGGUUGGCAGCUUUCCUCUGCCAUCUUCCCCCAUGCCAUUUCUGUUUUGGAGCCAGAAGGCCAUGGACCCCUAACUGUGAGCUAAAAGCAACCUUUCCUCCUUUGAGAUGUAUAUGUCAAGUAUUUGGUCACAGUGACAAAAACUUCGCUGUUGAUUGCUGAACACCAAAACAGUAAAGAUCCAACAAAAAGUGUGCCAAAGGAAUGUCACCUGGAGGAAAAAAAUCUCCCAUGCUUUCGCAGGAAGCAACAU